CAUAACUUAGGUAACAAGGUAGAUUUAGUACUCAUAGUUUUGUAUGAUGUGUGUUGAAAAACGUUGAGUUAGUUUCUGUUCAAGUUCAAGUACGCUUUGAAUAGUAUGAUCGGGUUCAAAAUCGGAAUUAUUUAUCUUCAUAUAAUUAUACAAACAGUAUAUGCAAGAAUACAUACAAAUCAAUGGUUAGUACGUUUAAAACAUGAUGGAGACGAUAGAGAUAAGUUAACACAUUCAGCUAACCAAAUAGCCAGAGAACUUGGUUUCAUGCCAUUAAGUCAGCAUAAUUAUGGUGAACCAAAUGAAUUUGUAUUCCAGCAUUUAGGCUUACCACAUGCACGUGGUACACCAAGCCAUAUUCAUAAUGAACGCUUAAACAAACAUCCACAAAUAGCUAAUGCUGUACAAAUUGAAGGAUUUGUUCGAAGGAAAAGGGGUUUCCGUCCAUUAUCUGCUGAUGGCUUAAGUCGAAUAGAACUUCCAACAGCAAGAGUAUUAUCAGAUAAAGAAGAAGAAUUAAGUGAGCUAAGAAGUAGAACAGAUCCAUUAUUCUCGAAGGAAUGGUAUUUACACAAUGUAGGUCAGGCUGAUGGUGUUCCUGGAUUGGAUUUAAAUGUACUGUCUGCAUGGUCACAAAAUAUCACCGGUCGUGGAGUGAUUACAGCUAUCAUGGAUGAUGGUGUGGACUAUUUACAUCCAGAUAUAGCAGCAAAUUAUGCGGUAGAGGCGAGUUAUGACUUUUCAAGUAACGAUGCCUUUCCGUAUCCUCGUUAUACAGAUGAUUGGUUUAAUAGUCAUGGUACACGGUGUGCUGGUGAAGUUUCUGCUAUAGCUGGAAAUGGUAUAUGUGGUGUUGGCGUUGCACCGGGUUCCAAGGUGGCUGGACUACGAAUGUUGGAUCAACCGUAUAUGACUGAUCUGAUUGAAGCAGCUGCAAUGGCUUAUGCACGUGAUCUUAUCGAUAUAUAUUCAGCUAGUUGGGGACCUACAGAUGAUGGAACAACUGUUGAUGGUCCACGAAAUCAGACUAUGCGUGCUCUUGUCGAUGGGGUAAAUAAUGGUCGUAAAGGCAAGGGAAGUCUUUAUGUUUGGGCAUCAGGUGAUGGUGGAGAGAAUGAUGACUGUAAUUGUGAUGGUUAUGCAGCAAGUAUGUGGACAAUAAGUAUUAACUCUGUUACAAAUGAUGGUCAUACAGCUGUUUAUGAUGAAUCGUGUGCAUCAACACUGGCAUCAACAUUUUCAAAUGGUAAAAGUCCAUUUGUUCAUGAUGCUGGUGUGGGAACUAUUGAUUUAUACGGAAAUUGUACACUUCAUCAUUCAGGAACAUCAGCAGCAGCACCCGAAGCUGCUGGUGUUUUUGCUUUAGCAUUAGAAGCUCAACCAGAACUCACUUGGAGAGAUGUACAACAUUUAACUGUGCUUACAUCGAAACGUAAUCAUCUAUACGACAGGCAACAUAAUCAUAAUUGGACAAUCAAUGGUGCUGGUUUAGAAUUCAAUCAUUUAUUCGGUUUUGGAGUGCUCGAUGCUGGUGAUAUGGUACAUUUAGCAAGAAAUUGGAAAACUGUACCUGAACGUUUUCAUUGUAUUGCUGGAACAUUUAAUGGACGGAAAAUUGCACGUCUUGGUGAACCAAUUCUCUUAGAAUUGAAUACUGAUGCAUGUAUGGGUAGUCCGAUAAAUCAAGUGAAUUAUCUAGAACAUGUUCAAGCAUUUUUGACAAUCAGAGCAACAAGACGCGGUGAUGUCACCAUUUUCUUAACCUCACCAAUGAAUACAACAUCAAUGCUAUUAAGACGACGACCUAAAGAUACAGAUAAUACCCGUGGUUUCACUAAAUGGCCAUUUAUGACUACACAUAUGUGGAGUGAAAAUCCUCGAGGGAAUUGGUCACUUAUUAUAGCACUUGAUCCAAAUUCUAAAGAUCCAUUAGGUUAUGUAUUGUUAACUGAAUGGAUUCUUGUUGUGCAUGGUACACAAGAUCCACCGUAUGCUCAUCUGUCAGAGUCAACCAUCAAUAUUGCACCAAAAUUAGGCAUUGUCAAGAAACAACAUGAAACAAAACAAUUUACUGCUUAAUGCAUACAUACAUACAUACCUACUUUUUGACUAUCAGCACCCUUUGAUCUAAGGCACGAUUUCACUGGUCUUCAUCAUUCUCUUGUGAUUCUUUCAUCUUUAAAUCAAUGUGUUGUUCAGUUAUAAAGAUUUGUCAACUUGAAGUUUUUGUCUCCUAGCUUCAUUAUUUCCUUUUUUCAUUUUAUUGGGAAGGUAAUAUAUAUAUGAUGAUGAAUUGCCAUUAUCAAUGUGAUCAAGUUGUUUUUCGUAUUUCAUGGUGACUCAUCAGUAAAAACAAAAUGUCAGCCAUCUUAAUUGUUGUAAAAAUAAUAGAAACCAGAAAAGUGAUAAAUAACUAUGAGCAUUUCCGUGAUUCAUCUUUCUCUUUUAGAAUGUUAUUAAGUUAUAAUUUUCUAAUCGACAUGAAAGAAAACCUAUUCAUACGCAUUUAUUACAUACAUGUUUAUUGAUUGCCUUUCACAUUCUGAAAGUAUUUCACCUUAUAUUACACAAUCUCAUUGAAUUAAUGAUGCGUGCAUUUGUGUGUGUGUGUGUGCGUGUAUGUGUCUGUCAGUAUGUGUAAGUACCCACAGAUAAAUUUCCUUUCCUAUUAAAGCAUUUAUUUCUUUAAUCUUAAGAGGGAAUAUUUUAUAUCUCGCAUUUGUCUUUCCAGAAAAGAGAAAUAAAUCAACUGUUACUUUUGAUCGUAUUAUUGUCAUUUGUCAGUCAUCAUAUCAUCAUCAUCAAUGUGAACACUAUUCAACUUUCAUUGAUAAUUUGUUAUACACACGAAAAGAGGUACCCCCUUCCACCCAAAAAAGCUCCUAAAGUAGCAAAACUCCAUCCAAAAACUAUUCUACACAGUGAUAUAUGUAGACAGAAGAAAAAGGGGACUAUUUUGAAUUUCUUUUAUUUCAUUUCAUCAUUAUUCUAUGUCGUUUGUUUUUGUAGUGAUUGUGUGUGUGUGUGUGUGUGUAUGACACCAUGUGUCGAUUGUCCGUGAGAAGAUAAAUCUUAUUUCAUACAUGCAAGUUGUUGAGUGAUUUUGUUUUGUAUUUGUUUUUUGUUGUUGUUUUGUGUUUUUCGCAUAAUAAAACUUUCAUCCGAAUAAAGUUGACCUGCAAGUUGAUCCGACUAUCUGAGUGUUGCAUAUGUGAAGCCAGUUAGUACAGAGUAAAAUAACUUUUCUGUAUCGAAAUCAAUCAUUUUCAAGUAUUGAUUUUGUAGGGAUUUUGUUUUUGAUGGUAUGGAGGAUUUCAUCAUGAGAUGACAUCAAUUAGAGAAAGCCUCUUGCGACCGCCGGGAGUCGAAACCAGGAUUGACUGCUUGGAAGGCAGCUAUGAUAACCGCUACACCACCGUAGCGGCCGGU